GCCCCUUUCCCCUGAGCGCGGAGCCUCCGCCUCCUCCUGCCUCGCCUCCCUCGCCUCUCGCCCUCGAGUCGCGGCUAUUAUGGGCAAGAAGCACAAGAAGCACAAGGCGGAGAAGGCCGAGUGGAGGUCCGCGCCCGCCCCGGCCGUCGUCGCCGCCACCGGAGGGGGAGGGAGCGGCGGCGCCGCCUAUGACGGUGGGUGGGAGAAGGGAGGGCGGUGGAUUGAUUUAUGUGUUUAUUCAUUGCCUUUCCCCCCCCUCCCUCCCUCCCCAGUUCCUCAGUCCCCACAACAACCCUGUCAGGGAGGCCAGAAGCCGCCACAGAAGCUGCCUGCAGGGAAGCCGUCCAUUUCCUUCUCCCCCCCCCCCAAUUAUUUAUGCAUUUGUUGCAUUUUUAGCCCAAGUCCCGUCCCCGUCCCCCCCGCUGCAGGGCUGGGGCAGCGUGUCGGGUUUUCCAUUGGGGGGAGGGGCUGUUGCUGUUGGUUUUUUGGCAUCUUUAUUUUACAUUUUGUUGUGUUUUAUGCGGAAAUCGCUCAAUUUGGUUUCGCGUAUUUUAAUGUUUAAUUUAUUGUUUAUGCCUACUUUUGUUAUGCCAUAUUUAUGUUAUUUUUAUCUGAACUCCGUAAAGGUGGCAUACAAAUAAAUGACGGGGUGAGCUCCCGUUGCUCGGUCCCUGCUCCUGCCCACCUAGCAGUUUGAAAGCUCGCCAGUGCAAGUAGAUAAAUAGGUACCGCUCCAGGUGGGAAGGUAAACGGCGUUUCCGUGCGCGGCUCAGGUUCUCCAGAAGCGGCUUAGUCAUGCUGGCCACAUGACCCAGAAAAACUGUCUGCGGACAAACGCCGGCUCUCUCAGUUUGUAAAGCGAGAUGAGCGCACAACCCCAGAAUCGUCUUCAGCUGGACUUAACUGUCAGGGGUCCAUUACCUUUUAUCUUUUUAUGUAUGUAACACAAAACCAUAUAUGCUAUAAUAAAUGAAUAAACUUUAUCUUGCUUUUAGCCACUUUGGGUGGCUAAAAUACUGCUGUUUUUCUCUCACACGCUUGUUGAGGGGGGUAGGUGCCACCUUCUUCCUGACAGAGGAUAUCGGUGCACAUUUGCUUCAGACCUGCUUUUAGCAUCAUAAUCUGCUCUUACACCUUCCUAUGAAUAAGGCUUAUGUGAUCAGCAUUCCUGCUGAAUGUUUGCUGCACUAGUUUGAUACUGUUUAUUUAUUUAUUGCUUUUCACUUAUUUACUGUUGUUGUCACCCUCUUAGAUUAUGUGGAUAAGCCCUUGGAGAAGCCAUUGAAGUUGGUGUUGAAAGUUGGUGGAAGUGAAGUGACUGAACUUUCAGGAUCAGGCCACGAUUCCAGUUAUUAUGAUGAUAGAUCAGACCAUGAGAGAGAGCGACAUAAGGAGAAGAAAAAGAAGAAGAAGAAGAAAUCUGACAAAGAGAAAGAAAAGCAUCUUGAUGAUGAGGAGAGACGGAAGAGAAAGGUAAUGAGUCAUUGACUUAUUUUCAGAGAUACUGGUCAGAGCUUUAAAACGUUACCUUAUGAAAACUGUAAGUAUCAGUUUGAACAAAUGCAUUUUUUUGUGGCAACUCCAGAGCUUUUAAAGCUAUUCCUUACAACUGUUGAGAAGCAGUGGCAGAGGAUGAGAAUUUUUAAGAGUCCAGAAUACAGAGUAAACUCCAUUGUAACGCCUAAUUACUUUUAUAAUUUAAAUACUCCAUGGCAUCGCUGAGUUUUUAUGCAAGCUCAUCGAAAUGCAUUCGCCUCAUCUGUUUUGUUCAGAAGGUUUCAAAAUCCCCUUCCAGAACAAAUUCUGCUCCUGCAAUAAGAAACCACCAGAUACAGUACAUCACAUAAUACAUCACACCCUUCACAGAGAUCACCUAGUGAUUCCCUUACAUCUUAAAAUAUUGAUUUACAAAGAGUCUGUAAUCUAAUAUUUGUUGAGGGGUGAUACUACUGAAAUUACCAAGAUUGUUUCAGGGUAUUUAGAUGAGAUCUUUAAAGCUAGAGCUAAAGUUUCCUGAUUUAUUUAGUGGUGGCUAUCUAGUCUUUUAUAUAUUGUAUGUGUUUGGACUAUCAGUGUAUUUGGAUGACUUUGGAUGAUUUUAUUAUUUUAUUGUUUAAAUUUAUGCCAAUAAAAGCCAAUUGGAUUAUUGCAAGGUAUGCUGUGUGAGACUGCUCUUUUAAGACAACUUGGCAUAUUCAAGUGGUCCAGAAUGCAGCAGCAAGAUUACUGCCUGGGGUUUGCUUUAGCAUUCUUAUACCCCCUGUUUCACAUCCAUUGCAUUGGUUACUAGUUUGUCUCUGGACCCAAUUCAAGGUGCUCACAUUAGCGUUUAAAGCCCUAAAUGACUUAGUGCUACUACUUUAUGUAGAUUGCUUGUUUCUUGAGCAGCUCUUUGAAUUUUGAAUAACCAUUUUCCAACACACUCUUGAAAACCAACAACAAAACAAAUAAUAAUAAUAAUUUUACUAUUUAUACCCCGCCCAUCUGUCUGGGUUUCCCCGGCCACUCUGGGCGGCUUGCAGUACAUACAAAAACAGUAAGCUAAAUAAAAUAGCUAAAUAAAAGCAGGAUGACAAAUGCAAAUGGAAGUAACCCAUGUACUUUUUUUAGAGAUCCUGUUUUCCUAAGCAUUUGGAGUCUGUUUUCCCAUUGCUAAGUAUCCUGAAUUUUUAAUGUCACAAAAGACUAAUUUCAGUGAUGAUUUUGCGUGAAUAUGUUAUUCUUUCAUUUGUACUUGAAGAGGUUAUAUUGACUGUCUUUUUUACAUUUCUGUUUCUUUGGUAUCAGGAAGAGAAGAAAAGAAAAAGGGAGAAAGAACAAUGUGAUACUGAGGGUGAAACAGAUGACUUUGAUCCUGGAAAGAAAGUAGAGGUUGAGCCACCCUCCGAUCGUCCAGUCCGAGCCUGUAGAACACAGCCAGGUGCGUUGUCAGUGAAAUCUGAAACUGAUGUGCCAUAUAUAAAGAUUUGUAUAGCGUAGUAAAACACUUUUCGGAUUCUUGUUUGCUCUCAGCCCCUUCUUUGGUUAAGGAUGCAGUUUAUUCAUGUGGAUAGAAAUUCAUAUGAUUCUUGUGUUAUCCUUAAUAUUCCUCUAUCAUUUUCAGAAAGGCCAAACACAGAAUAUAAUGUGUGUUUUACUGUCUUGUGCCAAAAACCAGGAUUAAUAGUGGUUAUAUUACUUUGUAGCGAUAGCAUCUUUAUCAUUUUAGAGCUGUGAUAUACAGAUGGCAGGAACUUUCAAAGGAGUGAUCAUUUGCUUUUCCUUACAUUGAAUUAUAGCAGAAAGCGAGAGCACACCUAUUCAGCAAUUGUUGGAACAUUUUCUUCGCCAGUUACAGAGGUAAGAAUGAUGCGCAAUGACCUGGAACGCAACCCCCACGCAAAUGGGGAGUUGUAUGUGUUUCAAAGUUUUCUGGAAAACCCACAUCACUGCUUAAUAAUAUCUAAUUAGUUUAAGAUCGGUACUCAAUAAUGUAAGAUGUGUAGAUAGACGUGCUAAAGCGCUGGAGUGCUGGAUCUAUGCCCCGUCAUUUUUAGCACCAGCUCAUGUUGGUAUGUACAGAUGUUUCUAUACAGCUUAUCCUUCAGGACUUUCUUGCUAAUACAGAAAGUCCUGAAGUCACAUGCAUUUCAGAUAUCAAGCUGUCUAAAACCGGCUGAUUAUUAUUUUAUUAUGAAUACCUUUCUAUACUGCCCUUCAUCGCUUUGAAUACACAUUUUGCCAAAUACGGAAAAACAUAAAAAUGCUUCCCCCUCCCUUUUUUUAAUGAAGCAAGACAGGUGGUGGUUCUUGACUGAUGAAAAAUGGCAUUUGUUUUACAUAGGUGUUUGGGGGGUGUAUAUAUACACACGUACAUGUAUACACAUUCAUACAUGAUUUUAUCCCCAAAUAUAACAUUCCCUAUAUGUAUGUGUUUCCCUUUUAUAGGAAAGAUCCUCACGGGUUUUUUGCUUUUCCAGUCACGGAUGCCAUUGCUCCUGGAUAUUCCAUGAUAAUAAAGCAUCCUAUGGAUUUUGGCACUAUGAAAGAAAAAAUUGCAGCAAACGAGUACAAGUCAGUAACAGAAUUCAAGGUGAAUUAAUAGAGAUUUGAUAAAACUUUUCAUAGUGUGAAUUGCUAAUUAUUAUAUUUGGUCAAUAGGGGUGGUAGAUCAUGUAAAUAGCUCCAGAAAUGCUUCUAUCUAGCAUUUCCUAUGAGUGGGCAGCAAUCCCGUUAUUCCAGUGUGAAAGUCACAUAAUUUUUAUGUGAUACCCCCAGAGCAGGUUGUGCACAACAAAAGUCUGUGGUUUUAAGUGCAGGUGUCGGGGGGGGGUUGCCCAUUGAUCCCUGCAUAACAUGUAGAGGCCUGUGGAAGCUACUAAGACAAGCACAGCCCAGUACACAUAUAUGAUGGUGCAGAAGGGGCUCAGUAAAUCUCCUGUUUUUAUUGCCUGCCUCAGACAACAAAAGCAGGAUUUACCAAGCACUUGAAAGGCCAUAAUACAAUACUGGCUGUACUUGUUUUAGCAGAUCACAGAUUGUGAGGGAGAAUAUCAGUGAACCAGCCAGCUCCUUGUGUUAAACAGCAAGGUGUUCUGCAAAGUUUGGCAUAAAUGUUAAAGCCCUGAUCAAUUAAAUUAGUUGAAAGUCCUAGUGCAGCAACAUUGUGAUCUAAUCUUUUCUGGUUUCAUUGUUUGCCCUAGGAAACCGAAAGGGACCAGGGCCCCUUACAAGUUACCUGAGAAAUAGUUGGUUGAUAUUCACCAACCAUACUAUUCAUUUUAACAUUCUGUUGAAUUUGUCCUGGCAUGGCUGUGACUGCACAACUGCAAAAUAUGGUAAUGCCCAUGUUCAUGUUUUUCAGGCAGAUUUUAAGCUGAUGUGUGACAACGCAAUGACAUACAACAGACCAGACACUGUGUACUACAAACUGGCCAAGAAGAUCCUCCAUACAGGCUUUAAGAUGAUGAGCAAAGUAAGACAGCUAUGAAAGUGAACAUGAUGAGACCAAAUGUGCACAUUAAACUACUCUAGUGGGUCAAAGUGAAGGAUUAUUUCAUUAAUCUGUAUAACGUGGCUGCUGUAUUCUUAUGCCCUGGGCUUAAAAAAAAGCAGUAAAUCUGCACUUUUAUACAAAUAAAGCACUGUUAGGGAAAAAUGCAUAAUAUAUUCUGCUUCUAGGUAUGGAAAGGGAGAAGUUGCUGUGUAGGAUAUUGAAGCACCCCCUGUCGCCACUAGAUACUGCAUGGGUUUCUAAGAGUCACCAGACAUUGGCCACACACUUUUGCAUAAAUGCUUACAAUCACAUUGCUCUUUUAAAAAAGAAAGAAACGAAAAGCUGAAAUUAUGAGGAAGCUGAAUUCUGUGCCCAGUACCACAUUCUGCACUCCUACAAAAAUAUGACAUUCCCAUAGCAUGUUAUAUAGAGGGACAUUUCCAUUUUAAAUCGCUCACCUUUUACGGUACAUAACACUGGUAAGAUGUGGUUUCAGGUUCGAUACUUUGAACAGAAAUUUCCAUCAUGGAAGCAAAUUUUUCCAUAUUACCUUUUAAGUUCAUUGGACUUGCUUAAGUUGUUGACAAGUGAGAAAUAAAUAAAUUCUGAAUCUUGUUUUGGAAAGCCAAGCAUGUUAAACAUCAAGGUGAUGUAUAGAAACAUGCUUUCCUUUAAAACAUUGUUGAAAUGUUUUAUGGUUAUGAAAUACAAUUCAUGAAUCCUCUUAGUCCCCUUCUUAGCAGAAAACAGGCCCUCCCCUCACUCCUCACCUAAAAUUUAAGAAAGAAACACAUUAAAAGGGAAAUACUUAAGGUAGGAGAUGGAUUUAUGUAUACUUUACAUUAAGGUGUACUAGUACCAUAUUAAAAGCAGUCAAACAACUGAUUUAUCAUAUGAGCUACUGCUUCUAGCCUGUUCUGCAGGAAGAUUGUGGUAAGUUCCACUUGUCAGGUAGGUGAUGGUCUUUUUUUCCUAGGUUGCAGAUAUUCUGGUGUCGUGCUGCCAUGACUGAAUCAUGUUGCAUCAUCAUUGAAGGUGUAGCUCUUAGGCACAAAGCCAUGGCCAUUCCCAUCCCAUCCCAUCAUCAUAGCACCUUGGCUAUGAGGGAAAGGUGUAAAGUCCCUGCUGCUCUGUCCUUUCUAAUUCUAGGAACGGCUGUUAGCUUUGAAGCGCAGCAUGUCGUUUAUGCAGGACAUGGAUUUUUCUCAGCAGGCAGCUCUUUUGGGCGACGAAGACCCAGCUGUUGAGGAACCUGUGCCCGAAGUUGUUCCUGUUCACGUAGAGACUACCAAGAAAUCCAAAAAGCCAAGUAAAGAAGUCAUUAGGUAAUGAUACAGAUGGAAUGCUUUGCUCUUUGGCGCAUCUUAAUUACAAACUGGAAUUGUGCUGCUAUGAAGCAGACUUGAGUUUCCUGAGAUUUCAGCGUACUUGGGCAGUCACAGAUAUUUUCCCCCAUUGCAGCCACACAUUUUCCAAGGUGUUGCAGGUUGUGUGUGUGUGUGUGUGUGUGUGUGUGUGAGAGAGAGAGAGAGAGAGAGAGAGAGAGAGAGAGGUAUGUCAGGCAGCUGUUGAGGUAUUUGAGUAUCAAAUUAGUUUUGGAUAAACCAAUCCCAAACUGUUGAUGAAUCUUAGUUCACUUCUCUGGCGUUUUACUGUGACCCAAACAAGACAUGUUUUGAUUUUCAUUUGUAAGGCAACCGUACAAGUUGCAGUAUAAGUUGCACUUCUUUAAGGAUUGUAGAACAGUGCAAAAAGUACAAUAAAGAUAGUAGACGUGCUCAUUUUUUUUCUUUUGAGGCACUUAAUAAUUUCAUUGUGCCCUGCCUCAGCCUUAACACAGCAGAGGCCAUUUCUGUGAUGUUGUCUUCUCAGAUCCCAAUACCCUCCAGUUGCCCCUCCAAGAGCACCAUUAAUUCCCUGCUUGCACUUGCCCUCAGGCUGUCUUGUAGCUGCUGCUGACCUGACUGCUGUGGGAGGCAGUGGUGCCAUUUCCCCCGAAGCCAGCAGUGGCCUCCUCUUUAAUGCAGUCCCUGGGCUUAUAAAAGGGGGUAAGAUGCUAUUUUUUGUGUUAUGGGGACUGAUGAUUGCCCUACAAGGCAUAUUUUGCAGCCCACUGCUUUCCUUCUACAGCUCAAAGUGGGUGAAGUUUUCUGGCCCAUCAGAGCAAUAUUUUUAAAUGACCAUCUUCAUGCUCUGGAACCAUUCCCUUCCCACUCCCAGCACAAGCCAAAGUUAAGCAUGUCUAUGGUUUAUAUAGGAGAAUAAAGCAUGGACUUCACUCCCUUUCUCUCCUCCUCUCUGAAGCUAUCAAGACUUUAAAUUGCUGAACUUGUGUCCAGUAGUAGUAGUGAAAUAAUAGAUACAAAUACAAUAUUUGCCUAUAUAGGGAACAGCACAAUAAAUAUGUCAUCUAUUGCACCAUAUUUUUAAUGCUUGCCAACAUAAGACAGAUAUCUUCCCCCAUGGUUCUUUUACAUAGAAAAUCUUUCUUUGAGUUGAUGUUUGAUAAGAUGGUCAUGGAUUCUGUUUUAAAAGCUGAAGUACUAUAUUCAUUUAAGCAUAUUAACUUGUAUUUGAAGUCAGAUUACUUACACCUUAAACAAAAUUAUUUUUCUAACAAGGCUGAAGAGAAAAUGAUUUUUGUAAGCAACACAACUGAUUUUUAUUGACCUUGCAGUUGGGAGAAAUGCGUAUCUCCAAUCACCCCUUAAGACAAAAGCAGGAAAGGGGGGUGGCUGGGGAGUGUAUACAAGGUAUCUGACAGAGUGGGCAGUUUAUGCCACAGCAAAUCUGCUAAAUGAGACAUAAUUCUCAUUAGGAUGUAAUGGGAUCCAGACUCAAAUUCCUCUUGGCUCGUAGGCAGAAGUGAGACCUGCUUUUAGAGAAUUAGGACUAAGAUACGGACACCUCCUUUAUCCUGUGCUUGUUUUCCCAGGAACAUCAGGCUGUUCCUUGUUGGAAACUGAAAGUUAGACUAGUUGGAGCUUCUGGUUCAGCAAUGCAAUUCUUAGGUUCUUAAGCUGAAACAAAAAGCUGUGCACUGGCUAAUAGUGUACAUUGUAUAAUCCCUUGCAUGCCUAUAAAAAGUGUACAUAAAUGACAUGGUACACACAUGUCUCGCUUUCAGCCUAUUUGCUAUUUACACAUUCACGUAUCAGAACACAAAGCAUUAUGCCCAGAUCUCACUACACAUGCACAGCUGAUUCAGGCAUCUGAACAGCCAGAGUUUGCCCCCUUCUGUACUUGUUUGUUUACUGUGGCAGGCAUUUUGGGGCAGAAACCAUGGAGUGCGGGGAGAGAUUGGACAAAUCAGUUUCUCCUUUAUGUCUCUCUUGGUUGGCUGCAAAAGAAACCAUGGAAGAAACCAUUAUGGGAGCAGGGAGAGAGAUCAUGAAUUAGAAUUUUUACCGUAGGAAUCAGUGGAAACUGAACUUAUUAAGCGAACCCUCACCUAACAAAUGAUUUCUUGGGAACACACUGUAUUUGGUAAGCGGAGCCUGUGUCUAAUACACAUAAUGAUAAGAAAGUUCUGAUUAACCCUGGAGAAUGCCCACAAUUAGUUCACCGUCAUAAUUUGUUGCCUAGAAAUUACUUGGAGAAAAGUAGACAUGAUUUCAUAUUUAUUGCACAACUUGUAACUUGUUUGUAGCUGCAUAUUUGAACCAGAAGGCAAUGCAUGCAGCCUGACUGACAGCACUGCUGAAGAGCACGUUCUGGCUUUGGUGGAACAUGCAGCAGAUGAAGCUCGGGACCGGAUCAGUCGAUGUCUGCCAAACAGCAAGGUCGUGCCGCUUGAUCCAAGUUUCCAUUAUUUCGUUCUGCUUAACAUUGCCAGAAACAAUGUCCUCAUCAGAUUGAAUAAGCAUUUUUUGCGUGGCAUCUGAUACAUUAAAUAUAUUUCAAGGACCGCCUCUUCCCGUGUGAAGUGACCCAGACCUGGCACUCUUCCUAUGCCUGCCUGCCUCCAUGAGAGGUCUGGAGGGUGGCAACAUGGGGACGGACCUUUUCUGCAGUCCGUGACUCCCCAUAUGUGGAAGGCUCACCUGGCGCCAUCAUUACAUCACUUUAGGCACCAAGUGAAAACAUUCCUCUUCACCUAGGCCUUUGGCUGAUUAAACCAUCUCUGGCCUUUUAAACUGUGUUUUGUGUUUUUACACUGUGAUCCUUGGAUGAAGGGCGGUAUAUAAAUUUAAUAAUUAAGUUUCACAUGUGAUUGCUUUAUGGCUGUUAAAUUUCCAGAGCACAGUUUCCAGUCCCCACUUUCAAUAUAACACAAAUGAAGUGUCACCUAGGAUUUGUUCCUCGGUAUCUGCCUUGGUGAACCCCCCCACCCCCCAAGCUUUUAAUAAGUUAAUAAUGGUAAUAAGUUAAUAAUAUUAGUUAUUUAAACUACCAGUAAUGGAUCCAGAGUGCUGUCAGGAUAGGACCUGGGAGGUGAGGGUUCAGAGCUUCAUCAAUGGGCCUAUCACAAUCUCUCAUCUUAGCCUACCUCAUGAGAUCAUUGUGAAGAUAAAAUAAGUGAUGGAGGAGUAUGAACCUUGAGUUUCUUGGAAGAAAAGGACAAUAUAAAAGUAAUAAUGCACUAAAUAGCUUCAUGUAAUACUCCAGAUUGGGGCAACCAAAAGAUGAUAAGGUUCUCCAUUAUGGCACUAUGGGAAGAUAAAAAUAAUAGAUUGUAGCCUUCUGAUGAAUCAAAUCUAGCAUAUUAAACAAUUCAGGUGUUUAUAUUAAAAGCACUAAUGCUCUGAACACACUUAUGAAAACAGGCUAAAGAUGGUGCAGCUUUUUCAAAGGUGCUUAUUCAUACUGGAUUAUGCACCUGUAAACUCCCAUUCCAGGCACACAUCCAGCAUGUGAGUGUUGAGUGGCCCAGGGGGAGGCUGCACUCUGUCUUAAGCACCACAGCUGUGCAUAGGCUCUGCACAGCAACCAUAGGUGAAUAAAGUAGAGAAUAAAGCCGUUAAGGAGAUAAGGUUCAGUUGUCACCAAAGCUCUGGAACAUGCUAUCAAAAGAGGCAGUGCUAAUGUUGUAGAUCUCGGUAGCGCAGACAAACUGUUAGGAUCUGACGUUUUAAAAUCUGGAUAGGUGCUUCCUUUUGAUUGGUGAACGUAAAAAUAAUUUCUAUUUCUGCCAUAUUUUUUAAGUACAGAUAGGCUACCUGAAAAAGAAUGGUGAUGGGUCUUUGGUCUUCAGCGUACUCAAUCCAUCUGAUCCAGAAGCAGAAGGUAAUUGUUGUGUAACUUUUGCAAGCUUUGUUUAAAGUUGUAGGUAUGCUUUUAUUGCUGCAUGGCUAGGUUCUCUUUUUAAAUUUGCUCUGAAGUUCUUUCAUCUUAGAUUGAACAACCCAAACAAAUAUGAAGCAGUAAUGAUAUGUGUUGAAAUGUUUGCAACAGUACAGUAAGAUGUGUAUUCUGAAAUACACUUUGCAACUCAUCGUAAGCUAAAAUGAAUGUCUAAUACAGACACGGUUGAAGGUUUAUGGCUAAUACUACAAAUACCGUAUUUUUCACCCUGUAGGACACACCGGCCCAUAGGACGCACCUAGUUUUGGAGGGGGGAAAUAAAGAAAAACAAUUUUAUCCCCCCCCAGGCGCGGGGGCGGGGGAAGCCCGAGCUUCCCCCGACCCCAGCCCACAGAGCAGGCAGCUCUCCGCAAGCCUUGGGAGACCAUCGCGACUUCCCGCCGGGCUCCCACUGCUUGCGGAUAUCUGCCUGAAGCCCAAACCAGGUCAGGGAACAGCGGGAAGGCGCGCUGCUUCUGCCCGCCGCCAGCCUCCAAACCAGGUUGGGGAACCGAAGCCCGGGGCACGUUGUGCAGCGUGCCCUGGGCUUCGAGAUACAGGCUGCUAUCUGCAAGCCUAGGGAGCCCGAUGGGAACUCCCGCGGGCUCCCAAGGCUUGCUGAGAGCUUCCUGAAGCCUGGAGAGCAAGAGGGGUCGGUGCACACCGACCCCUCUCGCUCUCCAGGCUUCAGCGAAAGCCUGCAUUCACCCCAUAGGACACACAUACAUUUCCCCUUCAUUUUUGGAGGGGGAAAAGUGCGUCCUAUAGGGCGAAAAAUACGGUAGCUUCAAAAUGAAGCUUCAUUUGUCAGUAGUGUCUAAAAAAAGACUAAGGAAUCUUAUUGUUGACUGGAUACCUGUGAUGUUCCUCUAAACUCUUAUUUGAAUUAGCAUAAAUGCAUCUUCUACUUUUUUGACCUGAUCUUCGUCUGCUUAAUUAAAACAUGAAUUGCCAGUCUGUGAUACAACAGGUGGGCUGUAAGACAUUCUUGGACAGAAGGAAAAAGACCCAAUGGUCUGGGCAAUGGUGUAGAAAAAGAUCUGUACAGUGGUGCCCCGCAAGACGAAUGCCUCGCAAGACGGAAAACUCGCUAGACGAAAGAGUUUUCCGUUUUGGAGGUGCCUCGCAAAAGCAGAAUCUGCUAUGGGCUUGCUUCGCAAGACGAAAAUGUCUUGCGAGUUCCUGGGGUUUUUUUUCCCUUUUCCCCCUCUUUUUCUAAGUCGCUAAGCCGCUUAUCUGCUUAUCAGAUAAGCUGAUAAGCUGCUAAAAGCCGCUAAUAGCGCUAAUCCGCAAAUCCCAUCAAUGGGCUUGCUUCGCAAGACGAAAAAACCGCUAGACGAAGAGACUCCCAGAACGGAUUCUUUUCGUCUUGCGAGGCACCACUGUAUUCCUCUUUGCCUCUCCCUGUUUGCUGGUGCCUGCUCCACAGCCAAAUAAACUGUGAAAUUGCAAUAAAGUCCAGAGGGCUGCAUGUAUUGUAGUGGAAUGACUCCAUCUCAUGCCUUACUAUUACUCAGUUGAAGAAAAAAAUGCACAUCAGUGAGGAACUUGACUUGUGUUUGUCUGCUUAUACAUAUGUAUAGUGUAUGAACUAAAAUACAUAAUAAAUGCUGAGUGUGAUAAAAAAAAUCCAUACUCAGGAAUAUUAUCUACAUGUGUUCCUGAUAUUGAUUUUAGAGGUUUGUAAAAUGUGUUGAAGGGACUUUAAGAUCCAUGCCAAAUCAACCAUGUGGUUCAUGAUGCCUUGGUCUUCGUAGCAACCAUGGGCAUGUCUCAUAUAAUAAAAUGGAUUGUUAUCUUAAUUAUAAUUAUUAUUUUGUGUUUUUCAUUGCCUUUUGAACAUAGUGUCCUAAAAAGCAGGAUAGAAAUUAGUUACAUAAAUAAAUGUAAUGCACAUUUCCUUUUAAUACAGAGGAGGAAACCCAUCCAGUGGAUCUGAGUUCUUUGUCAAGCAAGUUAUUACCUGGUUUCACAGCCCUGGGCUUCAAAGAUGAAAGAAGGCACAAAGGUAGCUAAGGCAACUAAAUAUUGUGUCUUCAGGAUUAAACAUUUGUCCUGCUAUUAAACCAUUCAUUCAGAACCGAAUAGUAUUAAGAAGGUGAUUUCAGUUAACUAGUUGUUUUCAGAACUUGAUUAGUUGACUGUAUAUCUAAACCAAACAAGUAAAAAAGAAAUCAUGUUGGGAGAAGUAAUUGGCCAUGUUUGGACACUCAUACUUUGGUUUAACCAGAAGUCUCUAAUUAAAUGUUGUUCCUUGUUUUCUCUGAACCAGGAGAAUAUUAAACCACAUUUUUUUCUAAGAUCUUGGCUUGUUCCGAAGCUGGAAACCGUAGUUUUCCAGCUGAGGCUUAAUAGAAAACCAUGGUUAAUUUAGAGGCUUCCUGGUUUGCCUCCUCACACUGCAAAGGGAAGAGUGAAGACAAACAAUUAAGUUUGUUUGUAUCUCAAUUUAAUACGCCAAUAUAUGAUUGUCAAGGCUGGGUGAUUAUUACAAUUCUGUUUGUGGUGUCUGACCUACGAUAGCUGAUUUACACAUGCAUUAUCAAGAGAUGUACAUGGAUCUGUAAACAAAUCCUAAGAAAUGCAGUUGGGUUUGGGAGGGGACGAGGUUGAGAAGAGGAUUUCAAACACGUUUUUCUUAUAUUUCCAGUCACGUUCCUUUCAAGUGCUAAUACAGCACUUUCGAUGCAGCCCCAUUCUAUUUUUCAUGAUCUGAAAGCAGAUGAAAUGGAACUGCUGUAUUCAGCAUAUGGAGAUGAAACUGGGAUCCAGUGUGCCCUAAGGUAAAGAAGUUGUCGUGCACAUUGAACUCUUAUAUAAUUAUAUUAAUUGCUUGUUUACUUUUGUCUGCCAUUCCAUCUUGGUGCCACAGACCACUCCACCAGCACAGAAGCUUAAGAUUAGGAUAUACAAAGAAGAACAAUAGUUCACGUGGAAGCGGGAAUAAAUGGCAUACAAAAAUUUGUAGCUUCAAAUUCCAUCAGGGUGACAACUUUUUUGAAGAACCACAGAAGACAGCUUUUCAAAACCAAAAUGUGUUUUGCUUUUUGCAGUGUUUACAUUUAAUUUAAAAGUAUAUAUGCAGCCGACUGAACUGCUGGUCUUAUGUCACAAAUCUUCUAGUUUGCAGGAAUUUGUGAAGGAUUCUGGAAUUUACAGCAAAAAAAUAGUGGAUGACUUGUUGGAUCAAAUCACUGGUGGAGAUCAUUCCAAAAUUAUUUAUCAGCUAAAGCAGGUAGGUCUGCAUUAUGCAGAGAUGCAACCAGUUUUAACACAGUUAGUGUGGGAUCAGUAGUUUCCCCUUCAAAGUAUUUUUAUUAAAAUCUUCAAAUUAUGUACAGUAGAAUUGGUCAGUGGCAGCCCCUGAAACCCAUAAAGCCUUUUCUGGAACUCAUGAAUAUGGCCACACUGUUUGAACACCUUACACAAAUCCUUGUCUUGACAAACAAUCCCCUUCAGAUCUAGCAUAGAGAGGCUGUAAAAUAAUAAAAGUGGCAGGGUUGAUUAGUUGUACUUCUUCCUUGCAAACAAGGAACUGCAAGCCAAGGGAGUCCUCUAUGCCUGUCCUUUUUCUUCCUAAUUCUAUCACCUGAGACAGGUGUGGGGCUGGAAGGAAAGAGCGAAAAGAUGAAUAUCUUAUCAUAAAACAGAGUUGCAUUUAAUGAAGCACAUUUUUUCAGUCAUGUGGAAUACCUUUAAUUGGUAAAAACAUUGCGACCAUAUAUAUUGUCUACAAACUCCAAAGGUUCAGCAGGCCUCUCCCUGUUCAGAAUGCCUUUCUUAAUUCCUGGCUAACAGUGAUGCAUACCUUUUCUACAGUAACCAAGGCAUCACAACCAAAUGUGACUUGCAUAUUAGUUUUGUUGCUUAGCUUUAAUAAUGGGAUAAUCCUGUCUUUUCCGUUGGUGCUGGGCUUAGAGCAGUCCUUCACUCCCUUGGAUUUGGUCUAGUUCUGACAUGUCCAUUCCAGUUUCCCCUUUUUUUCCUUUGUGUCUCUCUGUUUCUCAGAGGCUCAUGGGAUAAUAGAAACCAUAUGGUGAACAUCAGCAAAAAGUGUUUGAAAUUAUGUAUUAAAAUUUACUUCUUCACCUUGCUGACUUAGCCUACUGCAUUCUUCUUCAGCUGAUGCAAGUUCCAGCACCUUAAUUCAACAAGCUCAUAACGGAGCAGAAUGAGCCGCAGAGCAAUCUAAACAAUGAAACUCUGCCAUUUUGUGCCGGGAGCAGUCCCCAUCAGCAUAACGAACUGCAUCCAAACAUUGCUUGGCAGUGUAUGAGAGGGGCUCUGGCUGGUUGAAAACUCCUGAGCCCAGCAGAGCCUACAAGCACUGUCUCUGCCAGACAGUCCCAAAACACUUCCUACCAUGGUUGGGGAACCCUCCAGAGCAGAUUGGGGGGUUGGGAAGUAGUGGAAACAGAAUUUCCCUUGCUGGCAUGACACUGGAUCUCACCCAUAACUGCUUCCUGAUGGACACUGAUCACUGGAAAGGAGGGGUAUAAACACUUCAAAUAAACUAAAGAACAAUAACUCCGCUCUCUGUUUUGUUUGAAGAUCCUCAAAGCUUGUUGUGUUCAAAAAAAAAAAGUUGGUCUGUAUUAGUCCAGACUCAAAAGAAGCAAGGUUUUGUCCCUAUCUUCUUUCUUCACUGUCCUAUAUUUCUAGUUUGAAAGUAAAUCCAAAUUAUGACUGAUUCAAGAGAAACACUGUUUAUUCUGCAGAUGUCUCUCUCAUUGGCCUGGUUUGCACAUUGCAGUAAACCACUGUUUAAAGUGCUGGUGUACACAGCUCAGAUGUUCCCAUGCCACUUCCUCCUUGCUUCUUCAAAAUCACAGACAAAACAAGCCAGAAUCUGGGUUGUUGGGUUGACCAAGGCUCAUGGUUUAUUUCAUGCGAAAAAACCCGCCAGCAGUAACCAAGGUUUGUUCUUCAGUUCUCGUGGUUGGUUUGAAUAAAACAAACCUGGGUGCAGGCAGCACAGCAAGGCAGACUCUGGCUUGUUUUGUCCGAAGUGUGGCAACAAGAUUGGCGUAGAAGAGUCAUGGGAACUUUAGAACAUCAUGCACCAGUUCACUGCUUGUUCACAUAAAACCAUUAGUGUGUUUUACACAAAAAAAGAAACAGGAAAAAUGAACAAUUUUAAUGUUCUGGUUUUCAGAGGAGAAACAUUCCAGUGAAGCCACCAGAUGAAGUCAAAGUAAGUCCUAUUGCAUUUUAUUUUUAACCAGCCUUCAUGUCAUAUGUAAUAGUGUGCUUUUUUUUGGAAACCGCCCUGGGAAUAUGAUUGAAAUAUGCUUUAGUUGAUAUUCCUGCGUUGCAUGGGAUUAGACUGGGUGCAUUACAAUUCUCCUAUUCUACAGUAAAUACAGAAAUAAGAAUUGCAAUCACUGUGUUCCAUAAAUCAUAGAAUCACUAUAAUUGAGAUAUUUCAGAAACCUCAAGAUUUGUUUAAAUUGGGUUUUCUGUACUAUUUUCUGUUUCCUUUCAUUUUGUAUUUAUUUGUUUUUAAGUACCAAAGGAAAAAAUAAUCCAUAUUGAAAGCUGACAUUUUCUUGUUACUUCGUUGGUGGUGUAAAAUAAAAGAUGUCAAAUGGAAAAUGAAUAUAGAUUGUAAAUUGCCAACAAUCUGGAUGUGCUUUGAUGUUUAAGGUUCCACCAGUCCUCAUAAAAGAAGAACACAAAUUGCGCAAUACUUGCCCAGAUGCCUCCAAGCAGAGUAUGGUAAGAUUUCUUGUUUAGUCUGUGCCUUGUAAAUGGCCUAGUGAACCACCAGACCACAGGCCUAAUCCAGCCCCUGCCCCCCCCCAAAGCUUUUUUAUGGCUGUACCAAAUUUGGCAGUGUGGAAUCUGCAGGGAUACGUGGUUGGAGAAGUUGAUCAGACGAAGGUGGCGGGCCGACUGCAGCCACAUCAGUGGUGGUGUCCCUGUCUGCUGCAACUUCUGCCUCUGUCCUGCUGCGCCCUUGCUCCUUUGGGAAGAUUAAGGUUUCAUUGGAAAACUCUGGUACCACCGUAAGGGCUUGCGUUUGAUCAGAGCCAUGCUUCUCCUGCCUCUCCCCUUAUUGCUUCCUGUAAGUUAGCAUGCAGCUGAACAGCCUGAAGUGUUCACAUCCAAAUCUUGGAGAGCAUUGUUAGAUCUUUACAUCAGUUUGUGGGUGAUCUUUAAAAAGCCACUUGACGUGGUUGCUGCUGUCACGAUUAAGUAAUAGUUUAUUUCAGUUUAUCAUAUUACAAACCAUGCAAAAAGGCAUUAGUAAAUCAUGUUGGGAGAGGGUGCUCUGCUUAUUAACUUAUUUGAUCUUUAUCACAAUAUUAAUUUUCAUUCAUUAUGAUGACUGCUAACUGGAGGAGGGGCGGCAGGUAACAUCCAGAAUACACAGGUGCCUACUAAAUUAAGCUGAGUGGGAAAAAUAUAGCCUCACCUGCUUUUUGGGCUUGCACACUUUUGGCAUUUGAGUUUGUAAUGAGGAAAUGCAGCCUUGAACUGAAGAAUGUUGGCCAUUAUGAAUUGUGGUUAGUUUUGCUUCAAGCAAACAAAGCAAUUAUGCUUUGUUGGAGCAAAACAAAGCACAAUCCCUCGUUCAAAUCUAACGCUAAGCCCAGGGAUCAUAGUUGUGUUUCCUCCUAGCCCUUGAAAGGUAAAGGUAAAGGGACCCCUGACCAUUAGGUCCAGUCGUGGCCGACUGAGGCUGCGGCAUUCAUCUCGCUUUAUUGGCCGAGGAAGCCAGCGUACAGCUUCCAGGUCAUGUGGCCAGCAUGACUAAGCCGCUUCUGGCAAACCAGAGCAGCGCACGGAAACGCCGUUUACCUUCCCGCCAGAGCGGUACCUAUUCAUCUACUUGCACUUUGAUGUGCUUUCAAACUGCUAGGUUGGCGAGAGCAGGGACCGAGCAACGGGAGCUCACCCCAUCGUGGUGAGCCAACCUUCUGAUCGGCAGGUCCCAGGCUCUGUGGUUUAACCCACAGCGCCACUCGCGUCCCUUGUAGCCCUUGUAGGAAGGAGUAAAGCAGGUGCAGUUCAGAGAGUCACAGUGAAUGGUUUCCUGUGAUGGGAAAGCAGUCUGCUGGAUCAGGCCAAAGGCCCAUCUUGUCCAGCAUCCUGUUCUUGCAGUGACCAACCAGAUGCUUAGGGAAAGCUCACAAACAGGACUGAGCACAACCACCACUCUCUCCACCUGUGAUUCCCAGCCAUCAGCAUUCAGAAGCAGACUUCUUUGCAUCCUCUUGUCUAAUCCUCUUUCAAAUUCAUCCAAGAUGGUGGCCAUCACUAUGUCCUGUGGCAGUAAAUUCUAUAGUUUAACUAUGCACUGUCUGAGCACUUUCUUUUGUCUGUCUUGAAUCUUUCACUAUUCAGCUUCCUUGGAUGUUAACAAACUCUAGUGUCAUGAGAAAGGAAGAAACACUUUUCUCUGCCCUCUUUCUCUAAACUAAAAAGCCCCCAAUGUUAUAACAGUUCAUCAUAGAUGAGACGUUCCAUCCCCUUCAUCAUUUUAGUUGUCUUUUUCUGAACCUUUCCCAGUUUCACAACCUCCUUUUUGAUGUGAGGAUAAUCCUAGGAGUUCCUUCUUAAACCAGUAAACAAUGGGUGAUAGCAGUGAAUCCUUUUUGGAAUGCUGCCAGGAUUAAAUGUAAAAAUUAAGAUUUUCUCCUCCAUGCAGUACACGUUUUCAACAUGGUCACCAGUGUUUGCCCAUUUGACUUCCCAGUGAAAGUCAUGAAGGGUGCACUUAGCCUUGCUUGAUAAUGUGCUUCUACUGGAGAGGGGAGUCAUGUCUGUAGCAGCCCUACGUAAACAGUUACUUACGUUGUGUGGCUGUCAUUUUUCUCUUCUUUUUUCAGGUUGGGGAAGCCAUUGGAGACAAUACUAGUUCCGUUUUGGAUUUUUUGUCUAUGAAGCCAUAUUCAGACGUGUCCCUUGAUAUAUCCAUGUUGAGUUCAUUGGGUAAGCAUGUUCUUAAGAGUAGUUCAGUGUUGAAAGAAUGAUUCAGUAGUAUAUUAUAUGUAGUUUGCUCCAUCAAUCAAGUUUUAUUCUAGGCCUAGUCUAACAUGGUUUUGCCACAGAUUGCCACCCUUUUGUUAAAUCAUUUAUUCAAAAAUCUAGCGUGCACUGAAUGAUGCUUUGUUUUUCUCAGGUAAAGUAAAGAAGGAGCUUGAUCAUGAGGACAAUCAUUUACACUUGGAUGAAACCACCAAAUUACUGCAGGACCUUCAUGAGGCUCAGGCUGACAGAGUAGGAUCCAGACCGUCCUCCAACCUCAGCUCCCUCUCCAAUGCUUCUGAAAGGGAUCAACACCACCUAGGUAAGUCUGGUUGAACAACAUGAGCUCCUGAGCCUUCUCAGUCCCACUUAAAAUUGAAUAGUUUGUGAGAUGCCCAAGAUACUGACUGCACUGACAGUAUUCACAAUCACAUAAUUACAGUGGUGAUGAGAUUGCCCCAUAAGGUCUUGGGAGGGCAGGAUGCAAAUACAAAUAGGUUGAUAGAUAGGACCAUUGCUGUGAUUUAUUUCUACUUAAAAUUGCAAAUUUAAAAUCCUCUGUUUGAAUACACUUGACCUUUCAAUGACUAUUAGAAAACAUGGCAAGUAAUUAAACAGCCGUAAAAACUAUUUGCAGUAUAAAACAGCCCAAAAGCAAUUUUACAAAGAUGGAUUUCAUGUUAUGAGAACAUGAAAUUCACACACGUUUUCGUUCCAAGUCUCAGGGCCACCGCAGGAAGUGUCUGCUCAUACCCAACAUCAAUCACACUUCUAAUAGAAGGGACUAAGUAGAUAGGCUGGGUGCGGGGUUUUGCCACAAAAGUAAUGAAAAGUUGACUUUUCUAAAAUCAUUGAUGGAGAACAUGAUUAAAAACCACCAACUAUAAUCAUUUACCUAUUUAACUGAACUCUGUUAACUUGCAUAAAAUUGCACUGUGAAUAUAUUUCCUGAGUGUAUGGAACUGUUCAAACUUGUUAAUUUAUCCUUUCUGGCCCUCUCCUUGUUUCCCACAGGAAGCCCUUCUCACUUAAGUGUAGGAGAACAACAAGAUAUGGUCCAUGACCCCUAUGAAUUUCUUCAGUCUCCAGAACCUACAAAUGCCAAUAAUUAAUCUUGCAUAUAUUUUUAUUUAUUUUGUGCUUUUUAUACUGUGUAAACAAUUUAUGUAGUUUUGUCGAAUAGCAUGCAUUUCUAUUUGCCCUUUUUAUUUUGUAUGAAGAUUGCUAAAUAAUAAUGCUCAUGCAUAUUUGUAAAUAUUACUUGGGUUUAUAUAUCAUGGUAUUUGGACCAUCUCAUACGGUAUUUUAGGUGUGUACAAUAGAUCUGAAGAAGCAAUCUCAAAUUACGUAUUUAAGAUACCUUAUUUAUAUUUUAAAAAAUGCUAACCAGCUGUUUAUCAUGCUGUCAAUUGUUAAAAAGUUUUUUAUUUAGUGUGCCGCUAUGGCCGUAUAGGAGGAGCAUUUUUUCCAGUGGUGAUACAGUGUUAGUCACAGAGACCUAUUAAUACCAAGGUGGCUCUGCUCUAUGACUGACUUUAGACAUCACCCAGACAUUUCAGAACCGUGGUUGUCUUUGUAUUUUCUCCUUCUCUUCCUCCAGUUGCCCACUGCAAAGAUGGCCAGAUUAAAAGUUAUAUACAGUCCAGAUCCUCAAUAGUAAUAUUGAAGAUUUACAGCUUAAAAAGUUCAGCCCUUGCCAAAUUAUCCAGAUUUUUAACACGUUUUAAAUUUUAAAUGAAGAAUUUGAAAUUUGACACUAAAUGACUUUUUUAAAACAAUUUAUAUUAUGGAUAAACUAGAAUCAUUUUGUUGUUCAUUAACAAUAUUGUAAAUAUGAAUAAAACUCAUCAAUGC